UGACAACCGUCCAGUCCAUCGCAACAACAGCUUCCAGUCGCGGAGAGAGAGGAGGAUUUAUCAUCGCAGCAGCAGCAACAGCAGCAGCAGCAGCGGCCGAGGGGAGCGACGUGAACCGGGGGUUAAGGAGAGGCAAGAAUUCACGGACACCGACCGAGCAUGGCGACCCAAACCACAGCAUCCUGCACCGGGUCCACUCUGUUGCAGCCCAUCAGCGAGAUUAUCAACCUCCCACUUGACCAGGUGAACUUCGUGGCAUGUCAGCUGUUCGCCCUGCUGAUGGCGGUCUGGUUCCGGCUCUACCUCCACCCCAGUAAGACCAGUCCUUUCGUCAGACAUGUGGUGGCUACUCUGCUGGGUUUCUACUUGGCGCUCUUCUGUUUUGGCUGGUAUUCUCUCCACUUCCUGGUCCAGAGUGGUUUAUCUUAUGGUGUGAUGAUAUUUGCUGGACUGGAACACAUGCACAAGUACUGCUUCAUCGUGACACUUGGUUAUCUCAUCCUCUGUCAGAUCACACGAGUCUACGUGUUUGACUAUGGCAUGUACUCUGCAGAUUUCACAGGGCCCAUGAUGGUUAUAACACAGAAGAUUACCAGCUUGGCAUUUGAGAUACACGAUGGUUUGACCAAACCGGAAGGGCAACUGAGUCCCGGUCAGAAAUACCUAGCAAUCAGGAGGAUGCCCAGUUUGCUGGAGUACCUGAGCUACAACUGUAACUUCAUGGGCAUUCUGGCUGGGCCGACCUGCUCCUACAACGACUACAUGGCGUUCAUCGAAGGCACGUGCUACCAGCCACGGCACCAGGAAAACGCAAACGGCAAAGAGAACGGGAAGUGCAAGCAGAGUGAACCUUCUCCAAAGGAUGAUGUCAUCUCUAAGCUGUGCACAUGUGCCAUCUCUCUGGCCAUCUAUCUGUCGCUGUGCAAGCUGAUCCCAGUGGAACGCUGCAUAGAUGAAGACUUCAGCUCCUCCACACCGCUCUAUCUGCAGGUCAUCUACCUUUACCUGGCCAUGCUGGCUCUCAGGCCCAAAUACUACUUUGUCUGGACGCUCGCUGAUGCUAUUAACAAUGCUGCAGGAUUUGGCUUCAAUGGAUACAACAAAGAUGGCUCCCCACGGUGGGACCUGAUAUCAAAUCUCAGAAUUCUGGACAUUGAGUUUGCCACCAGUUUCAAGCUGUUCCUAGACAACUGGAAUAUCCAGACAGCGCUUUGGCUCAAAAGGGUGUGCUAUGAGCGAUGUCCCAUCAACCCCACUGCCGCCACCUUCCUGUUGUCGGCCAUGUGGCACGGGGUGUAUCCUGGCUACUACCUGACCUUUGUCACAGGCAUAGGCAUGACAAUGGCUGCACGCGCAGUAAGGCAUAACAUCAGACCAUACUUCCUGGUCUCUGACACAUACAAGUGCAUCUAUGAUGUCAUCACGUGGGCAUCGACUCAGGUUGCCAUUAGUUACACAGUGGUGCCAUUUGUCCUACUCGCGGUGGGACCCUCACUCAAAUUCUACAGCUCCUGGUAUUUCUGCCUACAUCUCCUGUGUCUGGUGGUGGUCCUGGCGCUUCCCGUCAAAUCGAGACGCCGGCAGGCCAAAGAGCAGCAGGACGGCCUCCAGGACGCCCAGACGGACCACAGCAACAGCACAGACAACAACUGCAACCAGAAAGACAAAGCCACAUGAGGCUGGAGCCGGCGACGCAGCAGAAAACACUGAGACGCACUAGGAACCACUGAGAGCUGGAGUGUGGCGAGUCUGUUUACCUGACAAAGAACCAAAUAUCGGACGUACUGAGAAUCCUAACAGACAGAAAACACAUGUCAACGUCCUGUCAAAACUUCCAAGUAGCAAGGAUGACAGCAAUCACACUUUUGGCACGGAUAAGAGGACAGGAUUUAACAACAACGGCCACGGUGUAAACUAAUGAUAGUGGAUACAUUACAUUGCAUUAGUGGAAAAGAAGACAAACUGACUUCCAAGUUGCCUUAAACCCUCUAUGUACUCAGCAGGUGAAAUAACAAUUCGAAUAGCCCUCUGCGACAACCCAGAUUCAGUCACACAGUCGUGUUGUCGGGUUAUAUAAGCAGAAUAGGUGUGCAGUAUGUGGAGGGUUUUUGUCAUUGUCUGGAUAUAAGCCUCUGUUAGGUGGAAUGGGAAAAUGUGUUCAUGUAAAAGAAACAUAACCUUUAUCAUCAGCUGCCAACUUCAAACAGGCCUUAGGAUCCUCAAAACAUUGUUUGAUUUCUAUGUCUUUUUUAAAACUCUUUAUUCAAGAAGAAUUCAUGUUGUACGUGUUUUGUAUUUAGAUGUUUGUGACAACACUAUUUGAAGUCCAUUCUUAAUGUUUUUUGUUUUUUUUUCCUUUCUAUCCUGGAAUGAACUGACAUUGUGAACCAAUAGAGAAGUGGAAUUCAGAUCUCGUCCGUCUCCAGCAGUGGGAAGUCUAAAUAUAAGCACUCAAGAGUUACUAAAUGAAUUUCUGUUUCUUUUUAUAUUUUUCAUAUCUGCUGCUUUUGUUUGUUUCUUUUUUUUUUUUUUGACAAACAUCAGUUAAACGUGUGUUUUAAAGGGAGUUUAUUUACCCUGUUGUGAUUAGAAUACUUUAUUUUAAAGGAUUAUUGACUUAAGAUUCCGGGGUGUGAUGUUCUUUUGAGUCUAUAUAUUAAAAUCCUAAAAAAUAUGAUAUAAUUAGGGAAAAGCAGUGGGUCGUUUACAUCACUAUCACUGUAUUCAGGCUACAAAUGAGCUACGUGUGCAAUUUACAUUUGGCUGUGAGGAAAUUGGAUCAGAGGUAUUUAUAUAUGUGACAUAAUAUUGUACAAAUCCGACGACAUAGACCAGCUGUUGUGGUUAAUGGUCUUAUUUCAUAUUGUGUGUACUUCUGUUAGAAAAAGGGGUGUUUCAGGGUGCAUUUACUGUAUGGUGUAAGAGACACUGGCUCCUAAUGUUUUCGUCCAUCACUCACCUUAAGCCUUUCUAAAAUCAUUCCGUUUACUCCUUACAACUUGCUGAAGGUCACCCCCUGUUUUUCCUCUUACCUUUCCGUAGGUACAGAAAAUAAAACCGACAACGCAGUAUGGUGGAGAAAUCUUGUAAGCCCACAAUAUCUUUGAAGUUGUGUUGUUUUCUAAAAAAAAAAAAAAAUAAUGUGAGUAAUUUGAGUUGGUUUGGUGCAUUUGUGUUAUGUAAUAUAACAAAGCAGCAGAGGUGAGCUUAGAAGUGUGGACCUUUUUUUGUUUUCUUUUUAAAAUGUUCUAACAUUUUUGCAUAUUCCUGCCAUAACUGUGUGUGUACCAGUAUUCAUGUGAUUGUCUGUGUGGUCUCAUGUAAACUAUAUUUGUAGCCUGGGCCAUGUGUAGACUACCGCGGCCCACUUAAGGGAAAGGGAUGUCAUUCUACAAACAUAGCGAUUAUUGCACUGCAUGGCCACCCAAACCAGCAGAUCAAUGCAAACUGCUCCAUAUGUCCAAAGUGCCAAAUCAUGACUGGCGCAUUUUGUUUUGUGUGUAUGUGUGAAUGCUUGCCUAUGUAUGUAUGUAUGUAUGUGUGUGUGUGUGUGUGUGUUUGUGUGUGUGCAUGUGUCCAUGUAGUAUGUGUGUUUAACAUAAUGGUUAUUUUUGUGUCAGAAGGAAAUUUAUUGAAAGAUUUGUAUAACAGUACAUUAAAAUUCUGAUUUAUGUGGCAAAAUAAAGAGAAAUUAUUUUUAAACACUAAA